AGUCACCCAGAAACAUUUCAACUUUGUCGUCGCGGUCGUACUUUCUUUUUAUUUAGAGUAAUUUUUAAGCAAAGUGGUUGGAAAACGUUCAUUCAGUUUUCACCAUUCCCAAUUUCGUUCCUGUUUAGUCAAAUUGUGAAGAUCGCGAGUCGUGCACGUCGACAUUACGCUAGGAAAAUGGACAGCAAAGGGCGUAACGUAAUUGUUUGUGAUAAUGGAACCGGUUUUGUCAAAUGCGGAUAUGCCGGCAGUAAUUUUCCCGCACAUAUAUUCCCCUCGAUGGUUGGCCGACCUAUAAUAAGAGCUGUAAAUAAAAUUGGUGAUAUAGAAGUUAAGGAUUUAAUGGUUGGUGAUGAAGCUUCACAAUUGCGAUCGUUACUUGAGGUUUCCUAUCCCAUGGAAAACGGAGUAGUACGGAACUGGGAGGAUAUGUGUCAUGUGUGGGAUUACACAUUUGGUCCGAAAAAAAUGAACAUUGAUCCAACAAAUACGAAAAUUCUAUUAACAGAACCUCCAAUGAAUCCAACAAAGAAUCGAGAAAAAAUGAUAGAAGUGAUGUUUGAAAAAUACGGUUUUGAUUCUGCAUACAUAGCAAUCCAAGCGGUGCUCACACUUUACGCUCAGGGUCUUAUAUCUGGUGUUGUAAUCGAUUCAGGUGAUGGUGUCACACAUAUAUGUCCAGUUUACGAAGAAUUCUCUCUACCACAUUUAACAAGGAGGCUGGAUAUUGCGGGGCGGGAUAUUACACGAUAUCUCAUUAAACUGCUGCUUUUACGUGGAUACGCGUUCAAUCAUUCUGCGGAUUUUGAGACGGUGCGAAUGAUGAAGGAGAAACUUUGCUAUAUUGGUUACGACAUUGAGAUGGAACAACGCUUAGCGCUAGAAACUACAGUUUUAGUAGAAACAUAUACGCUUCCAGAUGGUCGUGUAAUAAAAGUAGGCGGUGAACGUUUUGAGGCGCCCGAAGCAUUAUUCCAACCACAUUUGAUAAACGUUGAAGGUCAAGGAAUCGCCGAACUAGUAUUCAAUACAAUUCAAGCUGCGGAUAUUGACAUGAGGCCAGAAUUGUACAAACACAUUGUUUUGUCGGGCGGCUCAACAAUGUACCCCGGACUUCCGAGUCGACUAGAACGAGAAAUAAAACAAUUAUACCUGGAACGAGUGCUGAAGAACGACAUUGAUAAAUUAUCGAAAUUCAAAAUCCGAAUUGAAGAUCCCCCACGGCGGAAGGAUAUGGUAUUCAUUGGUGGUGCAGUUCUAGCGGAAGUAACAAAAGAUCGUGAUGCAUUUUGGAUGUCGAAACAGGAGUACCAGGAACAGGGUCUGAAAGUUUUGCAAAAACUUACGGCGCGUGCUCAAUCAUAAAACGUUUAACUAGGCUUUAAACAAAUAAGUAAAAAUUCAAUAAGGUUUUAGCAUUGUAACUAUUGUGAUUGCGAACGCAAAAUCAUAAAAAAAAAACAAAGAAAGAAACAUGUGGGUGAGAUGAUGAGAUGAUUGAAUAGAGGAAGGGACGACAAGCCCCGAGAACAAUUUUAGUACCAUUUAUAGAAGGCCGAGGAGUCGUUUGAUGUCGCUUGAGAAGAAGACAAAGUAGAUUAAACGAAUUCAUAUUUGCUAAGGAGAUAAAUGUGAGCUAAACUUCCAACAUCAUAAAUAUAAACCCAAAGCGAAACGAGGUUGACCGGCGGAUACUACGUCCACAGGUUGAUUUUCCCAAGAAUGAUGUAUAAAUUUUUUCUAAUAAGUAAAAUUAUAGUAGGAUCAACUGUUAUCAAUUGCAUUUGACAAUUAUUAAGUGAAAGUAAUGAUUAUUCAGUUUUUAUAAAUAUGUUAUGUGAAAUCGCCUUUAUUUCAAUUUUAUUACUUUUAAUUAAAUUAUGCGAACAUCUAAGUUAGAGAGUUAGAGUAACUAAAUAACCGAUAAAUGAAAAUGUGCAAGUGGAAGACGUGGCGAUGUGGCGAUGUAUAAAACUGUAAAGUGCGAGAUAUGUUCGGUCUAAAGGUUAUUGGAAGCAUUGAGUUUCAACAUUUACAUAUUAAGCAGAAUUCAGUAGUGGUACCAAUCACUUUACAAUAAAGAAAAAUAGAGAAUGUUAUUUAGAGCAGACAGAGAUGAAGCAUUUAUAAGAUAAAAGAUGAGUUUAACUUAAUUUUGUUUGUACUAAUUGUUUAAAAUAUUGAUUUUCCGUUCUUUAGGGCUAAAGUCAUUAUUACUGCGUAAGAGAUAUUCAUAUGUUUAUAAACUUUACAUUUUUACUUGUUUCACAAAAUUCAAGUGCGAAAGCAAAAGUAUUUUUUAUUUUAUAUUGAUUAAAUCCACUGUUUUUAUAUUAUUUCCA